CUGUCAUCUGAGUGGGGUGAACCUGCGUAAUGGCUGCUGCCGCCGCUGUGCUGUGUACUCGUGUGUUUACGCCGUCUCUGUUACGGCCUUGCCGGCGGAUAAGGUGGCUCCGCGUGUCCGCGCUGCGUUUUGACUCCUCGAAUGCUUCAAACCCAUCACAUGAUUAUCUCAGCCCUGGACUUGAAAGGUACAAAGACUUACAGAGGUAUUUCAGAAGGAGACUGAGAGCAACAUACCAGAGGUUUUCCAACACGUCCCAUCGCUCUGUGGUCUAUGGACAUGAACAUUUAUAUUUCUUUGAAGGCAAUGUCAUCUACAGAGUGGGCAAGAGACACAGUGAGCCAGAGCAGGUGUUUAAUCUAGAGCAAGUCUCUCAAGAGGAUGAGAAGGCAGAACUUCAGAAUCAAGAGAGGAAACAAAGAGCUGAGUGGACCAUUCAGAGAAUACGCUUGUCCCCACUAGAUAAGCAUCUCGCUGCUACGAUUAAAAGCAGUGAUGGAGAAGAGCUAAGGUGUGUGGUUGUGAGACUUGAAAAAAGAAAUAUCCCUUCUUUGGUUCCCAUCAUAUACACAUUGGACCAAGUCUUCAGCUUUGAGUGGGCCACAGAUGAAGUCCUGUUUUACACAACUAUGGAGAGUUUACGCUGCAGUAAAGUGUUUCGCCUGGACCUGACCCCCAGUGGAAGCAGGAUGAGUUGCGUGUAUGAGGAAACGCUGCCUGAUGUGUUUGUGGAGGUCGCCCUUUCCAGAGACCAACAGAUACUGAGCAUUAACUGCAGCAGCAGGACCAGCUCUGAGGUGCUGUUAAUUGAUACAGCAACAACCCAUUUGGAGCCUUUCUUGGUUCAGCCACGCCAGCCAGACCUCCUGUACCAUGUGGAGCACUGGAGAGGGUGGCUGAUCAUACUGGCCAAUACAGGCGCUGGGCGAGAGUAUCAGGUUGUGCGUGCCCCUCUCUCCGAGCCAGGCAUGGUCUCCUGGGUCUCACUGUUUUCCCCUGGCCAAGGCACUGCAGUCAAAGACAUGGACGUGGUUGGAGAUCACUGUGUGCUGGUUGCAAAAACACCAGGCGGUGAACUCGUCCUGAUCACGGUUCCACUGGCCCGGCCCAAAGAAGCGCACACUCUGCAGCUCCCUAAUUGGGCCUGUGCCAUCGAAACCCAGAAACCAGCUGUGGCAGAGCAACGCGGCGGGUUCCAGUUCCGGAUCUCGUCUCCGGUCCACCCACCUGUGUCCUACUGUCUCUACCCUGAAGACAGGCUUCUUUCACCAGCCACUCAAGAUGAGAACCACAGGAAUUAUAGCACCACACGCUUGGAGGCUCGCAGCCAAGACGGGACCUUGGUGCCAGUGACACUCCUUCAUGCGGCGCCUGUGGAGGCUUUGAGAGGUUCCCCAUUGUUGGUCCAUGUUUACGGCGCCUACGGCCGAGACCUCAGCAUGGAGUUCUGCCCGGAGAAACGGCUGCUGUUGGAGCAGGGCUGGGCUCUGGCUUACUGCCACGUCAGAGGCGGAGGGGAGCGCGGUCUGUCCUGGCAAAGACAAGCGCGAGCAGAGGGAAAGUCCAAAGGAGUGGAGGACCUACAAGCCUGUCUCCAGCACAUGUUCUCUUUAGGAGUCUCCUCCCCUUCGCUCACUGCCCUUACUGCCUGUAGUGCUGGAGCUGUACCAGCGGGAGCACUGUGCAACAGGCACCCGCACAUGAUGCGAGCUGUCACACUGAAGGCUCCCUUCUUAGAUGUGCUGGGAACAAUGCAGGAUCCCAGUCUUCCUUUAACUUUGGAGGACUGUGAGGAAUGGGGGGACCCUGUGAGGAACCCAGAGCACAAACUCAGCAUCACCUCCUAUUGUCCUCUCCACAACAUUACUCCUCAGAACUACCCAUCAAUGCUGCUGACGGCCUACAGGAGCGACGCCCGGGUGCCUCUGGCAGGAGUUCUCCGAUACACUGAAGCGCUACGGAAAGCUGUUCAUACACACUUCAGCAUGAACCCAAAUCCAGAAUGUGAAAAACCCCCAAACAUAGUUCUGAACGUCCAGCCUGGAGCUAAUCACUUUGGACCCGGCGACUUUGAGCUGAUGCUGGAAGAGGAGGCCCUCAACCUGGCAUUUCUACACACAGAGCUGGUCCUGGAACCUCCACAGGCUCGACGCAGGAGGAGGCGGAAUUAAGGUCAUCAGGAGUCAACCAACAAAAACCGAAGCACUGUUCUGAUUUCAGUUUUACCAGUGCAAAAGAAGACAACCUCCAAAAGGAUGUAGUUGCUUUGGUUUUGUUUAUUAGAAUACCUUUAUAUUAGCAUUUAUAGAGAAUGUCCAUGACUCCCAAAUAACACGCCUUCUCAGAGAUGUAACACUGUUUGGGGUGGUUGGGGUUAAACCGAGUGCUGGUGUAGUACUGAAUCACCAAACCUUCCCCUGCUUCCGUCGGGAUGCGAGACUUUUGCACAACCUUGCCAUUACUGACUUGGCUUGUGCUCAUCAGCACCGUCAUCUGAUCUGGCAAUUCCCGAACAGACGAAAGGUCUGUGACGGCAGACUCUUUCCCGAAGUUCAGGACCAUGAGGAAAGCUGCAUUGAGCCCAUCCAGCUCCCUGAGGUACGAGAAGACUCUGGCGUCAGUGUGGAUGUAGCAGAACCACCCGCGGUGAAGGGCCAGCUCUGACUGACGCAGCGUGUUCAGGAAGCGGUACUGGGCCAAAACAGAACCUUCCUCUUUUUUCUGCGCCUGGAGAGAAACGAUGGUGAGGGAAUCGGGACGUAGGAGAAGAACCCGAGCUUCAGACAAGCUGUCGGUUCACAGAUGAGCAGGAACAGUAACGUACCUCCACAUUGACACUUGCGUAGUCUGGAUGUAAAGGCAACCAGGUGAUGUUAGUUUGGUUGUUAAAGCCUGCGUUCAUGUCACUGCUCCACUGCAUUGGAGACCGUUGAGGGUCUCGACUGGCACUCUGCAGUCAAAGGACAUUCUCCUCAAUAAAUGUCUUGUAUGUUAAAGUGA